AGCCAACGAAACCAUAACACCCUUACGAAUAAAGUAGGCAAAAGACUUUGGAAUCAGACACGUUGUCAUCUCGAACUCUCCUGCCAUGCGGCGAAUUAGUACAAUUUUAGAAACACCCAGAAGAAAUCAGACACGUUGUCAUCUCGAACUCUCUUGCCAUGCAGCGAAUUAGUACAAUUUUAGAAACACCCAGAAGAAGUCUCUAGUGCUUUACAUGUGAAUCCUUUUGGUUGAUAUGUCAUCACCUCCCAGAACCUCUUAGACCCUUCUCCGACUGUCACAACCCAGCUCCACUGCAACACCACCUCCCUCUUUAAAUUCUCUUUCAUUUUUCUCCAGCUUAAGCAACAAUAAAUUUCAAGUACCCGCAAGAAUCCGCCUCUUCCUUUGAUAGUCUCUUGCUAACCCUCGGAGUAACUUCCCUUUCAAGAAUGAGUUUGGCACGUUUGGCCUUGAGGAAUUUGCCCCAAAGGACGAGCUUCUCUGCUUCUUCUUCAGUGAAUCAUGGAGUUAGCAUUGAUGGUGUUCUCGGUGGGGUUCGAAGGCAAAGGUGGAACCAUGAUGGGUUGUUGAAGAGGUUUAUGACAACAACAACAAGCGAUCAAAUAGCAGGCCGUGAGACAUCAGAUGGCAAAGAAGUAGCUAUCGACAAGGAUAGUGACAAGUCUAAGCUGUUUCGCAGGAAGAAAGGCAAGAAAGGUCUCUGGAGGAAGAGUGAUGGAAUUGAUUUUGUUCCUGCACUUUAUGAGUUUUUUCCUUCAGGUCUUGGAAAUGCACUUGUGCAAGCAACUGAUAACAUCAACAAGCUGUUCCAAAACUUGCAUAUUCCGGCACCCUCGAACCUCAUCGGCCGCGUUAAAGAGAAAGAUGAAUGCUAUAAAUUACGAUACGAGGUUCCGGGUGUAUCCAAGGAGGACUUAAAGAUCGCCAUCGAUGAUGGGGUUUUGACAAUAAAGGGAGAGCUCAAGGAAGAGGAGGAAGAAGGAUCAGACGGCGAGCACUGGUCAAUGAGGAGCUAUGGAUGUUAUAAUACUAGCAUUAUGUUGCCUGAUGAUGCUAAAGCUGAUGAAAUUAAGGCUGAGUUGAAGGAUGGUGUGCUAUACAUUACCAUUCCAAGAACUGAAAAGCCUAAAAAGGAUGUCAAGGAGAUUGAUAUCCAUUAAUGUUUUUUCUCUUCUCUCCCUCGCUCUCUGUAUCAAAGUGAGUUCUAUAAUGGUGUUUUGGUGUCUAAAGAAACACCCCCCCCCCCCCCCCCUCCCCCACUUCCUCUUCUCCCCUUAACCAGUCCGGGAGGCGUCCUGUACUUGGUGUGAAUUGCCUCUUAGUUUCCUAAUGUCCUCUGCGUGAAUUAAAAUAAAGGUAAAUAAGCAUAGUUUGAUGACGAUAGAAAGUUUACAUUCGUCGUUCUACUUUUGUUACUCUUGAUUUUGUAUUGAUUGCCCAUCUAUUCUAUUUAUAUUAAUCAUAAUACAUUAUUACACCUAAA